CUGAUCUUUACACUUAGCCAAUCUGUAAACCUCCCCCGUUUUCAAAGUAGGUUACAAGAAAGUAAGGUAGAAAAAAAAACUUGUAAACAAUAAAUAUUGAUUAAAUUUUAUCAUAAAUAAUGAGGUAUCAUUAACAGAGAGGUAUCAAAUUUUGAAAUAAUCGAUAAGUGAAGUGUUAGUGAAAAGUUAAGAAGCUUUCGUGAAAAAAAAAUAUGUGUUAAUGAAAUAUGUGUUAAUGAAAUCCGUGUACAUCAAAGUUGCAGAUUCAUAUUAUUUGGAAUCAUCGAAAAAACGUUCUUCAUUUAAUUGAAAUUCCUGACGAAGAUAUUUCGAAGAAAUAAAUCAUUACUGUAAACAUGGCUAUGAAGAUAAGAGCGCAGCCAAAUCUCAAUUUUCCAGGAGCUAAGCGGAACGAAGAACUCCGGAGAAAAUUCAGAUCUUUUUUAAUUUGGGAAAAUAAACCUUUUUCUGAAACAGUUUCUACCUACAGAAAACGUAAGUCGGAUUCUCACGUAAAAGUUGAUGACAGACGGAUAAUUUAUGACAGGCUGGACCGUAGAGACGAUAUGCUGACAUCUCAAGAGAUGCUUGACGAUGAUACAAUAAAACCGCUCUCCAACCCAAGCGAUCCCUAUGAUGAUAUCAAUUUGUUUUGGAGCCCCCGCGAGCUCCUUUAUGCCACGAAAGCUUUAGCUACCUAUGAUGUGAAAGAACUGUACAAGAAAAAUCCUUACACUGUUAAGAACAUUCUGCAUCUGAUUUUCUUGAUUGUGAAAUAUAAACCACUUCUUAAAGAUUUAUUAGAAGUUGGGGAAUAUUUUCAACGGUUUCCAGAGGAUGUAAAAGAUGAGGACAUGGUGUGUAUUGCAUUAUUUGAUAUUUUAUGCCGAGGUAAUGGAAUAACCUUAGAAAAUGAAAUGAAUGCAUCCCUCAGAACAGAAUAUAAAAGUAUUGGAUUGAAAGUAGUUUACAUGCAAGUUGAAAAAGACAAGAUUCAUUACUUUGCGCAAGUUCAUGACAGACUUACGGAUAUCGGUGCUUCUUCAGUUCACAAUUUAUUACCUACCACGACACCUAUCCAAAUUAAUUUUGAAUUUCCGAUGAUAUUUGAUGUAUGGAUAAACAAAUCUAAAUUGGAUAUCUUUCCUGAGGAACUCCUUGAGGGAGCUGGGUUCAAAAGAGCUAGUACACGAACCAGCAGCGAAAUGACUUAUAAUGAGAUUGUGGAACUGCCUUAUUUUUUCGAAUUGGGAGUUUCUAACUAUUCUGAAUUUGUCAAAACAUCUCAUUACUGUAACCAUGUGUUCAUACCGGCUGAUCGAAAUCAUUGUUUAGCAAUGGCUCAAGUGGUCAAGCUUCUUUACAAAGGAGGGAUAACGAAUGGAACGGUCAUCCAAACACACAUUUUAUCGCUUGGUAGCACAGCAUAUUUCGCCUACUUACUUAACUUAGCUUUCCCAUUAACUAUAAAGUUGAAAGUGUUUGGUGCUGAUCAGAUGAAGGCGAGUUUUGAAAGCUAUUUUGAUCUGCUGAAUUUAAAAAAUGUUAAAGUCUUCAGUGAGAGGUUUUAUAUUGUAAAUGUUCGAAAGAAAGAUAUAGCUUCAACUGCUUGCGUUCUUAUCAAUCCUGAAACUGUAUUUAAUCCUUCCCUGAAUUUAAUCAAUGAGACUAUGAAAAGGGGAUGUGAUAUAGUCUAUCUGAAAUCCACUUAUGAAUUAUUUUCUGAAAACGACACUUUUAAUUAUUCUUUUGUUAACCAACAUACUCAAGAUUUAAAAGAGAUAGCCAAGUCUUAUAUUCAACGGGCUUUAAGUAUACCAAAGGUUAAAUUUGUUGUAUAUCAGUCAUUCGAUACAAAGGAAACUGCUGAUGAUAACAUAGCCUUGUAUGUGGUAAAUUUUGCCAGGGAAUGCUCGCAUACAACUAUUGAAACAGUCAAGGAGAACAUGAGUCCAACAGAGAUGGAGGAUGCAAAUUAUCACUACUGUAAGCAGCUUAAUCUAUACUUCAGGCAGGGAAACACUCAAAAUAAUAGAAUUUCACCUGCGCUUUGGGGGUCGAAGCCUCCUUUCAUAACCACAAUAUACCAUGUUGAUCCAGUGAUUUAUGAUUCUGAGACUGAAGGUGAAAGAAAUGAAAAAAAUAGCACCUCUGAUAAGCCAUCAUCCUUAAAAAGUUACAGUGUCAAAUCUGCUCCAUAUCCAGGAGAAAAACAACUAAGAAAAUUUUCUCCCAUGGCCUACAGUAUGACUUCAGAAAGUUGGAGAGAAAAAAUAAGGAAUGUUGUUAGUGGUUCUGGUUUUUCUACAUAUUCUGAUAUGAAAAAGAAAAUUAUUAGCUCAAAAGGAAAUAUCAAGUCUUCAAAAGAUAGAAAAAGAGGGAAAUAUGGCUCUGUAAAAAGUGAGUCCUCUAAUAAAUCUAAUUUACAAAUGUGUGAUAAAAAGAUUUUUGAAACAUUUUUUCGUGAAGAUUAUUUCGUGAAGAAAACAAGAAGCCUAUCUUCAACCAUCUCUUCUGUUAGAAGGAGAAGCAGUAUGACUCUUUUACAAGUUCGAGGAUCGCCUCCUGAUUUCAAAAAAAUGGUUUUAUCUAAUGAUAUGUUCAAAAAUGAACAAACGCCUAUCCUGUCAGAAAAAGAAGAUCCUGUUUUAAAAAAAAUUCUGAAAAAUAAAAGGUCCAAGAAAAAGAGUGGGGGUGAUAAAAAAGAGGUAUUGUUUAGUGAUGAGGUGGAAAAUAUUGAUUUUCAGCAAGUUUCGGAAUCUAAUGUGUCUUCUCAAAUUCAAAACACAGUCUCCGAAUCAUCAUCGGAUUAUAAAAAAAAUGAAAGGCUAUCAAAAAAGAAAUUAAAUUAUAUGGAAGAUACACCACCCCAAAUCAAAGAAAAAUCUGAUAAGGAAUUAAAUAGGGGCUCGAGUACCAGUAAAUAUUUUCAAGAAACAUCUCAGAAAAAAAAUGUAAAAAGAAACAAGAAUCCAAGAACAUCAAAAAAGAUGGAUGAAGCUGUAAAGGAGCAGACAUUGCUAACAGCACAACAUUCACCUAUUAAUGUCAAUAAAAUUAUCGAUUCAAAGGCUAAAGUGAGAAAAUUACCAAAGAAAUCUUAUAUAACAAACCAAAGCAACAUAUUGCCAAAAAAUUAUUCAAAAGUUGCAAAAGAAGUUCCUCUAAUAUCAUUUGGUACAAGAAUCCAACAAAAAUCGACUCGUGGAUCUACUCCAACUCCAAACCUAAAAAGUAAAAACAGAAUACUUUUAAACAAGGAGAAUACAACAGUUAAGAAGAAAGCAGAUGUUAAAGAGGUGUAUACAGCCUCUAGCCAACAGAAGCCUUUGAAGUUUCAUGUAAACACUAAGAAACAAUUAAACAAUAUGCAAAAAAGGUUUAAAACAGAGAUUAUAGAGAGUUUUCAAAAUCAGUUUUUUCAUUCUAAGAAACAAUCUGAUGUUGAAGAAAAAUCUAAUUGUGAACAUACCCGUCCUUCUUCUUCUUCGGUAUCUUGGAGAACUUAUGCAAGAACUGCUCGUAAACUUUCUGAUUUAAAUUUACUAGAGAUGCUGAAAAAUAAAAGCUUAAAAAAUGAGAAGCAAAGAAGAACAAAGUCUGGUUCAAAAAGAACUAAAGAUAUUGAUUCAUCAGUAUCAACGGUCUCAGAGUUGGAUGAUAUCACAGAUGACGAUGUAACCAAUUUUUCAAGAAGAAACGAUACUGUUCUCUGGAGUUAUUAUAAAAAUGAAGAUUUUACCAAGCUUUUGAUGGAAAUAGAAAAAAAUGAAAGAAACCCCUAUCCAGCAUCAUCGAUUUUGAAAAGGGAAAAAAGUGACAAUAUUUCCCUUACCACAUCAAUUUUGGAAAUGCACCAAAAAGAACUUGAGUCAUCUGUAUCACAGUCUGCACCUAGAUUGAAUAAAAACAAAGAGAAGAUGAUUUCAAAAAGAAAAACAAAAUCCAAGAACAAAACAAAAUCAAAAAAGAAGCUACAAAAUAAAAAAAAAUCAAGAAAUGAUUCUAAUACCAAAAUCAAAAAAUCAUUGACUAAGAUAAUAAUGGAGCAUAACGAAGGUACUCAGACAAAAACAUCUCGAAAGACCGAAGUAUACAAUAUUGGGACUCAGGCUGACCAGCUAGAAAUUUAUAUGAGUCUAAUGAAGCAAGAAAAUAAUCAGCAAGGUAUAGAGUUUAUUAAUAAUCUUAUUCAUCAUUCUACCGUGCCAUCAGCACAAUCAGUUUCACAGGAUCAGGAAACAGCUGACCAGCUAGAAAUUUAUAUGAGUCUAAUGAAGCAAGAAAAUAAUCAGCAAGGUAUAGAGUUUAUUAAUAAUCCUAUUCAUCAUUCUACCAUGGCAUCACAAUCAGCACAAUCAGUUUCACAGGAUCAGGAAACAGCUUUAGAAGAAUAUUUGAAUGUUUCUUCUCAACCAGAAUCAAAACCAAAUCAGGAGCAGGCUGUGACUGUGUCCAAGAUAAUUUCAUGGUUUCGGAAGUUGGAAUCACAGGCUCCAAUUCCUCCCAGAUUUGUCUCGUACGUUUUAAAAAGAAGACCAGCAAAGGAUUCUUCCACCAUCAGUAGAACAGAACAAUCUAGUGUUCAAGUAGAGGACAGUGAGGAUAUGAUUGAGGAGGGGGUAGAUGAUAUCUCUGAAUUGAAUCAAGAUUAUAAAAUUGAAGAUGCCCAGACAAUUUUGGCUCAAAUGAAAAUGUACGAUACAGGUGAAAGAAAUCUGAACAAGCUAAUAAAUACAGAUUUUACUGAGUUUAUCGAUUUCGACUUGAUACUACACAAAGAUCUAGAUGAAAAAGACUCAAGGGAGAAACAAGUUCCAGAAGCUCCGGAAGCGAGAGAAGAAAUAGUUGCUUUGAAUAAAAAUCUUUUGAAAUUCAAAGCUGAUGAACUGAGCUAUGAAAGUUUCACCGAUGAUGAUGGUUAUGAGGAACAAGAACCGUUCGAUAUGGAAACUGAAGGAAAAGAAAUGAAUAACCUGUUAGUAAAACUUAUUGAUAAUAUUUUUGAGACUGACGCAAAAACAAGGAGGAUCACUGGUGAAACAGUUUCAAUACAUACCGAAGAAGUGGUUAAGGUAAGUCCAAGCCAAAGUCGACAUUCAUUGGUAGAUAGUGAGGAACAGCUGCAAUCACGCAACAUGGAAGAAGUAUGGAAGAACACCCCAAAGGAGGAGUGGAAUGAAAAAAAUAAAGAAUUGGUAUAUAAAACGGAGGAAGAGAAAACAGAAGUGACGGAGUGUGAGUGUGAGCCUGAGGCUGAGUCCGAGGAGGAUUUGAAACAGCCAGAUCUUGAAUCGGACCGUGCCGGCACUAGUGUAGGUGAAGUCUUUUUUAGCAGCACUCCUACCGAUGGAUUAUCGCCUUUAGCAAAGGAGUUAUAUGAAAUCAGGGAUGUCAUUGAAUUUUACUUACAUUCUAAAGUAGAACCACUGGAUUGGCGUGUGAUGAUAGACAGACGUGCAGAAGAUUAAUAAGAAAAAUAUAGUAAAUCAGUACAAAAAGACUGUUUUUCAACUGCAAAUUGUUUCUUCUAAUAUUUUAGUUCGUGCUCUUAUAAACUUAAGUUUUUAUGAAAAUUGAGAGCACAAUCAAUAAAAAAUCGUACUUCUUUAUGAGAAAUAUAGUCUGUGACAGUGGUGUAAAUAAUUCAGAAAGCUCCCAAUACAAUCUUAAUUCCAU